CUCAAAAUGUGAUCUUGUAUCACCGGUAUCGCGUACGCACUGCAGGAACGCAGACUCGGUUAAUGCAGGAGGAAACAGAAGAUUUGAGCAAAACAAAAGAUCUGUGCCAUCCAUCAUGACCAUUGGAACUCAGCUCUACCUGCUGCUGUGGAAAAACUUCACGUAUCGGAGGAGAAACAAGAUCCAACUGGUCAUUGAACUCCUUUGGCCACUCUUCCUCUUCCUCAUCCUCAUUGCUGUCCGGCAAUCACACCCACCAUAUAAACAGAGCCAGUGCCAUUUUCCCAACAAGGCUCUUCCAUCAGCUGGCACGCUGGCAUGGCUUCAGGGCAUCAUCUGCAAUAUCAACAAUCCCUGCUUCCAUCACCCAACAGCAGGAGAAACACCCGGGCGUGUGAGCAACUUCGACAACUCCAUACUUUCUCGGCUUUUAGUUGAUAUCAGGACUGUCCUGACUGUCAGUGGUAACCGGACGGCUCUCUCCAGUCUACAGGAUCUGUCGCUGGUAGUCCAGAGACUAGGAGAAAGACCAGAUGCCUGGCCAAAUCUUCCAGUGGGAGAGUAUCUGAGAGCCAGCGAGAGCUUCUCCUCCUUCUUGCGGACAAACACCAGCAUGCCCUCAGAUUCUGUUGAUCAGUUACUGAGGGCACGGCUAAACCUUCAAGUGGUGGCGUUAGCAGGGGAAGGGAUGCGUUUGUCUGACAUUGUCUGUAAUGCUUCUCUCUUGGGUCGAUACCUCACUGUUGAGGGAGGUGAUUCUUUUCCUGAGCUGCAGGAGGCACUGUGUGAGGUGCCUUCUGAUAUUAUGCAGAAGGCAGAACAGAUCUUCCUCUCAGAGCUGGACUUCAGUAAGAUCCUUAUGAGAGACAGACUGCGGGCUAACGCGGCUGAUCUGCUACUCCUCAGUCAGGCUGUUUCUUCCGUCUCUCAGGAACUAGCGGCAAUUAUGGAUGAUAUCUCUUCUCUCUCCAGCUUCUCAGAGCUGAACUCAGAAUUUAGGUUACUGACACCUGAAAACCAUUCAGCACUGCCGCGGGAGAGCUUUCGUGCCUUCUCCAGAAUCAUGUGUGGCCACCCCGAGGUGGGCGGAGAGAGAAUCCCUUCAUUCAACUGGUAUGAAGACCACGACAUCAAAUCAUUCCUGGGCAGAAAUGAGUCAGAGGUGGCAGACAUGGAAAAGGACAACAGUACCACUCCAUUCUGUGAAAACUUGAUUCAAAGCUUGGAGUCAAAUCCUCUCUCACGGAUUGUGUGGCGAGGCAUCAAGCCGCUGUUCACUGGGAAGCUGUUAUACACACCAGACACUCCAGUCACCCGUGCAGUCAUGACAGAGGUGAACAAGACAUUUCAGGACUUCCAGAUUCUUAAUGAAGUGCAGGAGGUGUGGCAGGAAGUAGGUCCUAGAAUCAAAACCUUCAUGGAGAGCAGUGUGGAAAUUCGGCUUCUGCAGGAUCUUUUGAGGAGGCCUGAGCUGGCAGUAAUCGUAAACCUGCGCUUGGAGAACACCUCCUGGACGGCCUCUCGCAUCGCCCGGUUUCUCUCCACGCCUGACCCAGACAAACCCCGCAAGGAUGGAGCUCCGCCCACCUGGCUGGAUCUGUACCAGGAUUUAAACAACACCCUCAGCACUCUGUCAGAACUCACUAAGUGUUUCUCCUUAAACAAACUGGAGGGUGUGGCCACAGAAGGUGAGAUGGUCGAACGAGCCCUGGAGCUGCUGGAAGAUCGGCAGUUCUGGGCCGGAAUUGUCUUCCUCCUCCCAGACCCUUUAUCAACCUCCCUGCCUCCUCAUGUCAAAUACAAGAUCCGCAUGGACGUAGAUGAUGUAACCCGAACGAACAAGAUCAAAGACAAGUUUUGGGAUCCAGGUCCUGCUGCCGAGCCUUUUAGUGACCUCCGCUACAUAUGGGGUGGUUUUAUUUAUGUACAGGAUUUAGUGGAGAGAGCUGUGACCCGACUGCUCACCGGUAAAGACACAAACAUGGGCAUAUAUGUGCAACAGAUGCCUUACCCUUGCUUCGUAGAUGAUGUGUUCAUACGAGUCCUUAAUCGUUCUCUUCCUCUGUUUAUGACGCUGGCGUGGAUCUAUUCUGUGGCUAUGAUUAUAAAGGGUGUGGUUUUUGAAAAAGAGGCUCGUCUGAAGGAGACUAUGCGUAUCAUGGGUCUGAGCUCUGUCAUGCUGUGGCUCAGCUGGUUCAUUAGCAGUUACCUGCCCUUCCUCUUCAGUGCUGGACUACUUAUCGCCGCCCUUAAGUGUGGAGAUAUCUUACCCUACAGUGACCCGGCUGUUGUUUUCUUCUUCCUGGCUGCGUUUGCUACGGCCACCAUCAUGCUUUGCUUCCUUAUCAGCACAUUUUUUUCACGUGCUAACCUGGCAGCAGCAUGCGGAGGACUCAUUUACUUCAUGCUGUACCUGCCAUAUGUGCUGUGUUUGGCUUGGAGAGAAUACCUGACCAGCACACACAGGAUCUUAGCGAGUUUCCUGUCUCCUGUAGCCUUUGGCUUUGGCUGUGAGUAUUUCUCUCAGUAUGAAGAACAGGGUGUGGGCAUCCAGUGGUAUAACUUGAAAUCCAGCCCCAUGGAAGGAGACAGCUACAACUUCACCACCUCCAUCAUUAUGCUGUAUGUAGAUGCUGUCAUCUAUGCAGUGGCCACCUGGUAUAUAGAAGCUGUUUUUCCAGGGCAGUAUGGUGUCCCCAGACCCUGGAAUUUUAUCUUCCAUCUAAAUUACUGGGGAGGGGUUCCACUAGAGGUGGGGUUGCCCAUUCCUCCAGCACCUCAAAAUGAAGCUGAUGAUCGGAUUGAAGCUGAGCCUAUGAACCUCAUUUUGGGAGUUUCCAUAAGGAACUUAGUAAAGAUUUAUAAAAAAGGGGCCAAGGUUGCUGUCAAUCAUCUGAACAUUAAGUUCUAUGAGGGACAAAUAACAUCCUUUCUGGGCCACAACGGUGCUGGCAAGACAACCACCAUGUCUAUUCUAACAGGACUGUUUCCUCCCACUGCUGGUACAAUAUACGUGAAGGGAAUGGACAUUCGCACAGAUAUGGACAUCAUCCGCAGGACUCUGGGUGUUUGUCCCCAGCACAAUGUCCUCUUUGAUAUCCUCACGGUGGAGGAGCAUGUCUGGUUCUAUGGCCGAAUGAAGGGCAUGAGCACAGAGGAGGUGCAGGGAGAGAUAAACUCUCUUCUGGAGGAUGUGGGCUUACAACACAAACGACACGAGCAGACCAAAAACCUUUCUGGUGGCAUGCAAAGGAAACUGUCUGUGGCCAUUGCAUUCAUAGGAGGGUCAAAGGUCGUGGUCUUAGAUGAACCCACUGCUGGAGUUGACCCCUACUCGCGGCGCGGGAUUUGGGACCUUCUACUUAAAUACCGCAAAGGCCGGACUAUCAUUCUGUCCACACACUACAUGGAUGAGGCUGAUCUACUAGGCGACCGCAUCGCCAUCAUUUCCCAAGGGAAACUGUGCUGCUGCGGCACGCCACUCUUCCUCAAAGCACGUCUUGGUACAGGUUACUAUCUUACUCUGGUCAAGAGAGAGAUGCACAGGACACCCAGCAGCACCAGCACUCGCAAACUCCCUUCAACUGUAGUUAAGGACAGUGAUUCCUCUUUAAGUGAUGACACUGGACUGGGCAGUGAGGAGAAUGGAUUCGACGCUGUGGCUCUUGUGGCUCUUGCACAGCGGUACGUCCAUGAUGCUCAGCUGGUGGAGGACAUCGGCAGAGAGGCGGUGAUCAACUUGCCCCACGCUUCCUCAGAGGACGGCAGUCUUGCCCUCUUCCUGAACGAGCUGGACAAAAGGCAGGGCGAGUUUGGCGUGGUCAGUUACGGGCUGUCGGACACAACAUUAGAGGAGAUCUUCCUGCGAGUGGCAAAGGAGACAGGUGUGGACGCUGAUCCUGAGGAGCCAGCAACGACUCCAGGCCACCAGGGGGCACCAUCUGAAGACACAGGAUGGAAACAGCCAAUCAGGAAAGAGGCCCAAGAGACGGAACCUCUCAGCGGAGAUGGUCAGGGUGGCGGUGUGCCACUCACAGGCGUCUGGCUCACAUUGCAGCAGCUUCGAGCACUUUUCACUAAGAGACUGAAGUACACUCUUCGCAGUCGCAGAGGCAUUUUCGCACAGAUUGUUCUGCCUGCAGUUUUUGUCCUUGUCGCUCUGUUGUUCAGUCUCAUUGUCCCACCGUUUGGGAAAUAUCCAUCCCUGGAGCUCCAGCCGUGGAUGUACGGAGAACAGUUCACCUUCUUUAGCAAUGAUGCCCCCCAUGACCCAGCCAUACAGAACCUCCUAGAUGCUCUGCUGGAUCCACCUGGGUUUGGGACCAAAUGUAUGGACCCGACCAGUGACCUGGAGUGUGUAGAGGAAGUUGGUUCAAAGUUUCUCCGGCCUCAGAUUCCCUUCAGGAUGUGGCAGCUCUAUAAUAAGGGCAACUGGAGUGCAGAGAACCCCUCUCCUGACUGUGAGUGCAGUACCGACAAUAUCCGCAGGAUGCUGCCUGACUGUCCAGAGGGGGCAGGAGGACUUCCUCCGCCACAGAUAAAACGAUUUACAGGUGACAUCCUGCAGAAUUUGACAGCUCGCAACAUUUCUGACUACCUCAUCAAAACAUACCCCCAGAUUCUGAAAAAAAGUUUAAAGACCAAAAAAUGGGUGAAUGAGUUUAGGUAUGGAGGUUUCUCUCUGGGCGCUAAGAGCUCUCAGGCUGCAGGUGAGCCACAUCACCUGGAGGAGUCUGUAUUGGCCAUUAGAAGACGCUACAGUAUUGCAGAGAAUAGUUCUUUAGAUCUGCUCCUUCACAGAUUGCCAGAUGUGCUUACAGGACUCACCAGCCAAAACAACGUGAAGGUCUGGUUUAAUAAUAAAGGAUGGCAUGCCAUGGCAUCAUUCGUGAACGUCAUGAACAAUGGUCUCCUGCGUGCCAACCUGCCUCCCGGGCCAGAAAGACGCAAAUAUGGAAUUACUGCCUACAAUCACCCGCUUAACCUCACGAAGGAGCAGCUCGCAGACAUGGCCCUGAUGACCACCUCAGUAGACGUUUUGGUGUCAAUAUGUGUUCUCUUCGCCAUGUCGUUUGUUCCUGCCAGUUUUGUGCUGUUCCUAAUUGAGGAACGUGUCAGUAAAUCCAAGCACCUGCAGUUUGUCAGUGGAGUGAAGCCCGUCUUGUACUGGACAACCAACUAUAUGUGGGACAUGUUGAACUACACAGUCCCGGCCACCAUGGUGGUCCUGAUCUUCAUCAGCUUCCAGCAGGAAGCAUAUGUAUCUGAGAAGAAUUUGCCUGCCUUGGUUCUACUACUCCUGUUCUAUGGUUGGUCCAUCACUCCACUCAUGUAUCCAGCCUCCUUCAUCUUUUCCAUCCCCAGCACUGCCUACGUGGUUCUCACCUCCAUCAACCUCUUCAUCGGCAUCAAUGGCAGCAUCGCCACCUUUGUCCUGGAGCUAUUUAUUGACAAGCAUUUGAAUGAUGUCAACAAGAUCCUAAAGAAGGUCUUCCUGAUCUUCCCUCACUUCUGUCUGGGUCGAGGUCUCAUUGACAUGGCCAAGAACCAGGCAAUGGAAGACGCAUUUCAGCGGCUGGGAACCAAGCAGAAUCUGGAUCCUCUAUCUUGGGAUUUUGUAGGGAAGAACUUGUUUGCCAUGGCGAUGGAAGGGAUUGUGUUCUUCAUCUUUACUGUUCUGCUGCAGUAUAAAUUCUUCAUUCAUUUUAGCCGAUGGACAGGGUUUGUGCUGCCCCCACUGGGCAUAGAGGACGAAGAUGUGGCAAGAGAGAGAGACCGUGUCAAGAAUGGCAGAGCUCAGGGAGACAUUCUGACCCUCACAGACCUCAGUAAGGUGUAUAAGGCAGGCAGGAAGCCAGCGGUGAAUCGGCUUUGCUUAGGCAUUCCUCGAGGAGAGUGCUUUGGGCUUCUGGGUGUAAACGGGGCUGGGAAAACCUCAACUUUCCGCAUGCUGACAGGUGACACCAGCAUCACUUAUGGAGAGGCGUUUCUUAGCAACCACAGUGUUCUUACAGAAAUGGAGAAAGUUCAUCAGCUGAUGGGAUACUGUCCUCAGUUUGAUGCUAUCAAUGACCUACUGACAGGACGAGAGCACCUGGAGUUCUAUGCCCGCCUCAGAGGAGUGCCAGAGGCUCAUGUGGCAAAGGUGGCGCAGUGGGGUGUGCAAAAGCUCGGUCUGAGUCAGUAUGCUGAGCGAGAGGCUGGCGGCUACAGUGGAGGAAAUAAACGCAAACUCUCCACAGCCAUUUCUCUCAUCGGAGCUGCACCUGUCAUCUUCCUGGAUGAGCCAACAACUGGCAUGGACCCGAAGGCUAAGCGCUUCCUCUGGAACUGUAUCCUCGGUGUGAUCAAGGAGGGACGGGCUGUUGUUCUCACCUCCCACAGUAUGGAAGAAUGUGAGGCCCUGUGCACCCGUAUGGCCAUCAUGGUGAAUGGCAGGUUCCAGUGCCUAGGCUCAGUUCAGCACCUCAAGAACAGGUUUGGUGACGGUUACACGAUAAUCCUUCGCUUGUCAGCCCCAUCUACUGAACCAUGCCCUGUGGACACCUACAUCCAGAACUCCUUCCCUGGCAUCCAGCUGAAGGAGAGACAUCAGAACGUGCUCCAGUACCAGCUGCCAUCACAGGCCUGUUCACUCGCUUGCGUCUUUGAGGUUCUGUCAAAUAAUUAUGAGGAGCUAGGAAUAGCUGAAUACUCUGUGUCACAGACUACACUGGAUCAGGUGUUUGUUAACUUUGCUAAGGAGCAGACAGACGAUAAUCAACUAAGGGAGGUAACGGUAAAUGGUGCACCAGUGGCAGCUCAAACCACCAGACCUCAGCGACCUACUGAACUCAGCCUGGAGAAACCCAUCAGUUCUUCAACACCAAGCUCACACUUAUCACCCUCUGCAGAACAGGCUGCUUUCUCAGGACAAACCCCUGAGCCUCGAACCAGUGGACCAAAGACUAAAAUGAGCAAAUCAAACAGUCAGUCCGUCUCAAGACAGCAUCAACAGAUCAAGAUGGAACCUAUCGGGGCGGCAGCUAAUGGAUCGAACCCUCCUGGAGACCAAGCGUCUGGUAGCAAAGACCCAUCUGCGCUGUUUAUUGUCAGUACCAAAACACAGGAAAGCAAAAUGUGAAAAGACAAAGACAUUCAGAACGGAACUGACUUCAAACAGCUCAACAAGGAACAUUAGAACGGCAUCAUUCUUCCUCCACGUUUGGGGCCUUGUUCACUUUUAGUAUAGUUACCAUAAAAGCAAUCAAUCAAUCAUUCAGCCAAUCAAUUAGUGGUCAACCAAUAUGUGUUUUUCAUUGGCUGAUGCUGAUGCCAAUAUCUAGAAAGCAGAGUGGCCCGAAGGCUCAUAUAAUGUCGAUGUACAGCAUACACAGUACACUGAAGUAUGUGAAGGAUAAUCGACCAAGCAGACACUCUGUCCAAGUAAACACUUGUUGUUAUUGGCCAAUGUCAAUAUAAUGCCAAAUAUUAAUUGGCCUGUUAAUUUUGCAAUUCUUCAUUGUUUGUAUGUUGUGUUGUAUUCUGAAACUUGAAGUUACACACCAUAACAAAUGGCAUUAUGUUUUGGCAGGAAAUCUUUGCCAGACCUCUCUAACAGAUCAAUUAUGCAUAUUGUCAUGAUGUCAGUUGCACUUUCAUAUAGUGUUUGCUUUGUACGACCCAAUUUGGGACCAAAUGCUUUAACUGGACAUGUUACAUGAUGUCAGACCUCUUUAUUUUCAUGUUUGUAUUUUAAAUGUGCAGUGUAAAGCUGGUAUCAAACUCAAAAACUGCCUUCAUGAGGUCAAUAUUUUUAUUUAUUGCUCUUAUUUAUGUACUGUGAGUUUUGAUGUUCUGACUCUUUUCUCUGAUGCACUUAAGCUUAAAGCAAAUCUAAUGUUUCAGUCAGGCUUAUCACUGUAUCUUAUUGCACUUCAAUGAUUGUUACAAUACUUGAUAUGUACUGUAGCCUACUUAAAAUUUUGUAUUUCUUGUAGUUACAAAAAUACCAGAGAUAUUAUGGAUGAAAUGACUAGAGUGAAUCUUAAAUUUAAAGUUUGCAAUGUGCAUGAAGCUGGAUGUUAAUAUGAAGGAAUAUUUAUAUGCAAAUGUAUAUGCUCAGAAAAGAAUGUAUUAUUAAAUUUGUUGACACUG